UUUCCUAAUGUCUCACCUCUAGCUCCCUUGCUGCAGUUUAGCCUGUUGCCUCCCUUUUCAGGCCUCGAGUGUAACAGCUUACCUCCCUCACUCCAAAGCUGCACUUGAUACAAGAUGGAAAUCAGGGGCUUCCUAGCCUUAAACUUGCCCUCCCUUUCAUUCUACCUAGUUUCCUCCAUUUCCCUGUAGAGCAAAAGUGUCAUUCCCCUCUAGCUUUUCACAGGCUCUCCAUCUGCCUUACUCAGUGGAGUUCUUAGAGGGGACAGGUGGCUAGAGGGAAGGGACAUGCAGAGAAGGCCAGAAAUCCCUUUCAUUGAGUGUUACCGUGCCAAGAACUGACCCAAGUCCUUAUCACACAUUUUCUCGUUUAGUCUCACACUAGGUGAGGACAGUAUGAACCCCAUUUUACAGAUGAGGAAACUAAGGCAAGAGAAUUUUAAUAAUUUGCUCAAAUUUACACAGACGAAAAAAUAGCAUCCAACCAGGAUUCUGACACUCAAACCCAGGACUGCUGAUACCAACACUGCUGAUAUCAUGCCUCUUAAUCAUACAAGAGGGAGGAAGGGAGUCAUUUGUUGAGACCCUGUCCCCAUCAGGUGUGAGGCACUGGGAUGUAUGCAGUUAUCCAAAGAUAAUCCCCACAACAACUCUGGCGUGUUUCCCUUGUUCCCAUUUUACAGGUGAGAAAAUUGAGGCCCAGAGUUAAUUUGCCCAAAGUCAUACCCACAGAGCCAUUUCUACCUCAUAGCCCAGAACUUGACUCUCAAAGUAGUUGAGAACAGUGUGGAAUGACCCCGGUUUCUGGAAGGCCUUAUUAGCUGAAAGGCCCUACCAAGUGAUAGGGAGAGGGGCAGGCAGUGAAAAUCCUCAGGCUCCAAACACCCCUACCCUGCCACCAUCAGACAUGCAUUACUCCUCAGCAGACCAGCAGCAGAAUUAUGGAGCUGGAUGUGCUGUCAGCUGGCUGGCCACGCCAAGGGUUUAAGGCUCAUAAAACGUAAAUAUAUUAGCUGGGGCAGGAAGUGGAGAGGGUAGACUAAAUCAUUAUUUUUCAUUAACUGGAAUGCAUUUCUCAGAUUCGCUAAGCAGUAGCAGACCAGAGGGCUCCAAGCUGGGUGAACUGCCACCUUGGUGGGAAGCUAUGUUCUGUGGCUGGAGAGGAGGACCCUGGUACCGGAGGACAAGGAGGGGGCACUGGAGAGAGGGGAAGAAGGCCUCCCAGUACUGCAGCUCAGGGUGUGCCAGGUCCCACCUCCCAGAGGCGGGGCCAGGCUGAGUCCUGCCAGCCUCAGCUCCAUUCCUCCAGGAACCCAGGCAGGGUAGAGCCGGGGCAGUGGUGAGUCCUGGGCCCUGCUGUCCCCGCAGAGUAGGGGCACCAUGCCCUCAUCGGUCAGGACACCAGACAUCACCAGAACCCCUGCAGUGCUGGCCGCGGCAACUCCCUGACACCCAGAGGAAAGCCCAGGCUUGGGGAGAAAUACCUGUCCCCCACAACCAUUUCCCAGGAAGGGCCCUGUUGCUAGUGUGGUGCAGACGAGUCAAGUUUAUGGGCUGGAAGUCCUACCCGGAGGCUGCUCACUGAGCUGUAACUGGCAACAAGGCGGAUGGAGAGGAGGUGCAGAGGACAGGACACCCCCUUGCUGCCACCCAUUGCCCUGGCCUCAUCACUGACGCAAGUGCUCGGCAUGCCUGCUGCUGCUCCAGGCCUCCCCUGUCCCCAGGCCCGAGAUGACACCCAACAGCACCAGGGAGGUGUCCAGCCCCGUUCCUGCGGGGGCCCUGGGGCUCUCCCUGGCCCUGGCAAGCCUCAUCGUUGCUGCCAACCUGCUUCUGGCCCUGGGCAUUGCCGGGGACCGCCGCCUGCGCAGCCCGCCCGCUGGCUGCUUCUUCCUGAGCCUGCUGCUGGCGGGGCUGCUCACGGGGCUGGCACUGCCCGUGCUGCCAGGCCUAUGGAACCAGAGCCACCUGGGCUAUUGGUCCUGCCUCUUCCUCUACUUGGCUCCCAACUUCUCCUUCCUCUCUCUGCUCGCCAACCUCCUGCUGGUACAUGGGGAGCGCUACAUGGCAGUGCUGCGACCUCUGCGGCCCCGCGGGAGCACCCGGCUGGCCCUGCUCCUCACGUGGGCUGGCCCUCUGUUCUUUGCCAGCCUGCCCGCUCUGGGCUGGAACCACUGGGCCCCUAGUGCCAACUGCAGCUCCCACACCGUCUUCCCAGCCCCCUACCUCUACCUCGAAAUCUAUGGGCUCCUGCUACCUGCCGUGGUCGCAGCCGCCCUUCUCUCAGCCCGUGUGCUGGUCACCGCCCACCGCCAGCUCCAGGACAUCCGCCGGCUGGAGCGGGCUGUGUGCCGCGGUGCGCCCUCGGCCCUGGCCCGGGCCCUUACCUGGAGGCAGGCAAGGGCGCAGGCUGGAGCCACGUUGCUGUUCGGGCUGUGCUGGGGGCCCUACGUGGCUACCCUGCUCCUCUCCGUCCUGGCCUAUGAGCAGCGCCCACCACUGGGGCCUGGAACUCUGCUGUCCCUCAUCUCGCUGGGCAGCGCCAGUGCGGCAGCCGUGCCCGUGGCCAUGGGGCUGGGUGAUCAGCGCUACACGGCCCCCUGGAGGGCGGCCGCCCAGAGGUGGCUCCGGGUGCUGCGGGGAAGACCCCAGGGCAGUCCUGGCCCCAGCACAGCCUACCACACCAGCAGCCAAAGCAGUGUGGACCUCGACUUGAACUAGGGGAAGGGCCUCUGUUCAUUCCUACUAGAAGCAUCCAUCCAUCCAUCUCAGCCUCCAAGCCCAUCUCCACUUGUCUCCAUGCCUCUGGACCAGAAACCCUGCCCCUAUUUGACCCCACCUGACUGAAUAAAGCUCCUGUAGCCCACUU